AUGACCGACUCGCGCCAGAUGCCGCUCCUAGCGGAGGACGGAGCGAGCGGCGGAGGAGCUGCCGGAGUUACCAGUAACUUAAUCGGCGGUUUUAACGGCGGGCUGAACGGGAGUUUCAAGAUGGGCGGGGGCAAGUGGCGGUACCUGGCGGGCGCGGGCCUUCUAGUGGCGCUCGCGCUCUUUGCCCCGCUCGCCUACCAGAUGUGGCAACCCAGCGGCGACGUCACCUUGAUUCCCUCGCAGUGGCAAGGCGUCAUGCGCCUGUCCACCGCGCCAACGGGCACGGACGCCUGGAGCACGCUCAUAUUCUCCGCCGCUAAUCCCGCCGGCCGCGCCGCCGCCCUUGGCCGGGAGGCGGCCAGCGGAGAGCCGUGGGAUGCGAUGGAGAUGGAAGCAUCUGAAGGGCUGUUUCUCGCCGGCGCCGCAAACGUCAUGCCGUCACCUGAUGACGUGUUUUUGGCAACCGAUGACGUCAGCCCGCCAGCUGACAACGAAGGCUCCACAGGCGAAACUCAGAGCGCUCCGCCGAACGUAAAAAACAACGAGAGACCUACUAAUGAGAAGUCUAAUACUGGAGACAUUGGUAGUGUCACUGCGCUUGAAGCCACCGCGGUUACCAGCGAAACUGCUGACGAGGGGGAUGGGUUGCGCGGGGAAGAGGGGGAGGCGGAAAACCGGGGGAACAAAACCGGCGCAUCAACCGCGGACAUGCUGCGGGGAUCUCCCCGCGCGGAUGCGCCACCCGCGGGAACAGCGGACGGGAAAGAGCAGAGGCGGGACAGUGGCGGGGGAAGGGAGACGGUGAAGCCGUGGGGGAAGCGGAAGGGGUUUGACGCGGCGCUUCCGCGCGCGACAAUGAAGCUGCUGCGGAGAGUGGCGAAGGCGGGCCUGCCGGUUCCGCGCGACCCGUGGCUGGAGGUGCGCGGGCAGUACGUGUUCCGCGGCAGCACGGUGGACCUGGCGGACUGCCGCCUCUUCCACGCCGCGCUCACCACGCCCUCGCCCUUCAACGCCACCUUCUCCACCCUCUCGCGCUCCGACCCCCUCCCCCUCCCCCCUUCCGACCCCUCCUAUCCCUCCCCCGAAUCCUCCUCUUCCUCCUCCUCCUCCUCCGCCUCUCCCUCAUCCCCGUCCCCCUCCCCCUCCGCCUCAUCUCCCCCGAUCCCCAAUAUCGCCUUUCUCUUCCUCACGCGCGGCCCCCUCCCCCUGGCGCCGCUGUGGGAGCGGUUUUUCCGCAACCACUCGGCGUACUUCAGCGCCUACAUGCACGCCGCCACGCCUGGUUACCGCGUUGAGCCCUGGGUGCGGCGCUCCCUCAACCUGCGUGCCGUGCCCAGCAAGCCCGUGUUCUGGGGCACGCUCAGCAUCGUUGAGGCCAUUAAGCGGCUCCUGGCUACAGCCCUCUUAGACCCGCACAAUGUGCGCUUUGUGGUGCUGAGCGAAAGGGACGUGCCGCUGCAUUCCUUCCCCACGGUGUACCGCUACCUGCUGGCGUCCAACCAGUCGUACGUGGGCGGCUACCGCAAGUUCUUCCGCGACAACAAGGCCGCCAUCAAGGUGAUGCAGCGCCCCACAUGCUGUGUGGACGAGAAUCUCAUCCACAACAUCAUCACCUCCCAGCACCCGCACCAAGUCGCCAACCGCAGCGUCAUGAGCGUCGACUGGCAGCGCAAGACGGGUCACCCGCACACGUACCUCCCUCGGGACAUCUCGCCCGAGUCGAUGCGGAGCAUUCAGGAGGAGUGGCAUGAGAACCAGAAGCGGCCUUACUCGCAACCAAUGUUUCUGCUGCCCAAGGAGUCGCAGCAGUUUAUCAUGUCCAACCGGCGCUGUACAGUGAGCGGGGAGAAUUCCACGUGCUGGCUCUUUGCACGCAAGUUCAUCGGGCUGUCGCUGCGAGCUCUCAUGGACCUUCCAAGAGACGUGCUUGGAUAUUAG